AUGGACGAUGAACGAAUCGAACUUUUGGCACAACUUGAGCGCUUUGCCCAGGCCUUAUUGCCAUCACUCGCCUUGCAAAAGAAACAUGCAUACUCCUCUUCACCACAGACAUAUCUCCAAUCUCUGAUAGACGAUGCCCUCUUUCGCGCGGAGACUAGUAUCGCCCAUGUUUUUGCUGUCAUUCGACAUGAGCGAAAUUUCAUGUCCCCGGUAUCUUCUUUGCCACCAGACAUCCUUCACAAUAUCUUUUGUUAUGGAACCCUCGCGGACACUCUCCGCGCCUCUUGGGUCUCACGCGUUUGGAGGCAGGUAGCCAUCAACACCCCCUCUUUAUGGACUCACUUGGACUGGAAUAUGUACAAAACCUCCGAGUUUAGGGCUCUACAGCUCAGUCGAUGUGGAACUCUGGCCCUCGACCUCACUCUCCCGGCUCCGCCAGGCCCACUAGAACUUUAUUUACCACAGCAGGCUCUGCCUCGGGAUCUACUCUCGAGAGCAUACUCCAUUUCUAACCUUCCCACCACAGAAUCUCUCGAAAGCGUCGACAUUUCUGGCUUGCAGUCGCUCCAUCUUUGUCGUGGUAGUUAUGACGCCCAUUACAUGUCCAAGAUGCAACUGAACACCACUCAUCUCAGGCACCUUUGUCUUGAGCUGACGACGAGUGACUUUACCCGACCGAGGAUGUCGCUACCCUCACUCGAAACACUUCACAUCCAUAUGCGUAUCCCCAACUUCGACCUCGUCCUAAAGUGGGUCGCUGAACUCCCUUGGCUCCAAGAGCUGUACAUCCACUGCAGACUAUCCCUAUCCAAUCAACACGACGUGAAGACUGCAAGGCUAAUCACCCUGAAAAGAUUAUAUCUUAUCGAGGCACCACAAUAUUUCCAGGAGUUGCUUCUAGACCACAUUAUACUGUCAGAUUAUACGCAUCUCGAGAUUUCCCCCUUGCGUUGCUCAUCCAGGAGUGGACUGAGUUGUCUACCUCGCCAAAUCGCAACACAUUCUCUAUGGAUAGAUCAAACAUCGGGACUAUUUAUAUACGACCAUGGGACGUCCACUACCAAGAUUACUGGGACCAAGGCGACCUUCAGCCUCUUCUGCGGACUUCCAGACAUCACUGAUUUGGACAAUAUAGCCACUCUUAUUGUCCACCGUGGUCCCCCUCCAACGUUCAAUGAUCUGCAUAGACUUAUUAAUUUGACCAGCCUCGCCCUCACUUUCCACCCGGGUUCCAUAUUUGAACCAGGAGGACUCGCAGAAACGCUCAACGAGGAACUUGUCAAGAAUUGUCCACGCCUCGAUGAGCUCAUCUUGGUUCGAGGGGAGAGCUCUUUUAACGACGAGGUCCGACCAGCGGAGACAGUCAUCUCGUUUCUAAGGACAUGGCUUUCUGAAUACCAAGUUGUAUUUGGCACCUUGCGUGUCAGCAACGCCAUCUCCCCUCAAACGUGGUCCGACCGUCGCGAGAUUUUUGACUCGAUGACGGUGCUCUUUGAGCUUCGGGAGAUUGAUCUUCAAAGUCGAAUGCCCAGAUGUCCAGAGCCAAGGCGAUUUGUGACCAAAUCAUCUCCAGCUCGCAACCCGCCAAGCUAG